AGCAAAUCAAUUGAAAUCGAGAGAAAAUGGCAUCAACAACGAAAAGGGUUGCUGUUGUCACCGGAGGGAACAAAGGUGUUGGUUUAGAAAUAUGCCGGCAGUUAGCUGAUGAAGUUCUGGUGGUUCUAACCGCAAGAGAUGAGAAGAGGGGUGUUGAUGCCGUCGCCGGAUUGCACUCCUCCGGUUUACCAGACGUCAUUUUUCAUCAGCUCGAUGUCACAGACCCGGCCAGUAUCGCUUCCUUGGCGAAUUUCAUUGAUGCUCAGUUCGGAAAACUCGACAUAUUGGUGAAUAAUGCUGGAGUCGCCAGUACAAUCGUCGACAAGGAGUUGUUUUGGAGUUUAAACCUUCCAUCUGAGGUAAUUGAUGAAAAGGCGAAGAAGUCGAGGGUAGCUGUAACACAAACGUUUGAAGGAGCUCGAAAAUGCUUGGAAACCAAUUAUUAUGGCGUUAAAAAUGUGACUCAAGCUUUGUUGACACUUCUUCUUAAAUCUAGCUCUCCAAGAAUUGUCAACAUCUCAUCCAAAUUGGGGCAACUAGAGAAUGUUCAAGAUGAAAGUGCAAAAAAGAUUUUAUGCGACUUUGAUGGACUAACGGAGGAGCUCGUGGAUGGGGUUGUGAGUGACUAUCUAAACGACGCUAAAGAUCAGGAAUCGUUGGAAAAGAAAGGUUGGUCUAGUAAUGUUUCUGGCUAUACCAUUUCCAAAGCGGCUCUUAAUGCGUACACAAGGAUUUUAGCCAAAAGUUAUCCGUCUAUAUGUGCAAACGUUGUUAGUCCUGGUUUUGUUGCGACAGAUAUGACCUUUUUUCAAGGAACUUCUACCGUUGAAGAAGGUGCCAGAGGUCCUGUGCGGGUGGCGUUAAUGUCCGAUGGCGGGCCCUCGGGUCGAUACUUUUGGACAACUCAAGAAUCGACAUUUUAAUACGAAUAAUUCUUGCAAUUUCUUAUGCAACUCGCAUAUUGUUUGUAUGGUAUUGGAAUUGCCGUACUUGAAAAGUCAAAUGACUUAUUGUUAUUACUUUUACAAAAAAUAAAAUAAAUAAAAUCGGUAACAUAA